AUGAGAGCCCCCUCGCAGCCCGCCGUGCCGCUUGCCAACUUGGCCGCCGGCGGCGGACCGCGGCGGGGGGAACGGCGUCGGGAGGGCGCGAGGGGCAGCAAGGGGAACGCCUCCGCGGAUUGGAGCGAGAUUGUAGAGGCGGGGGAGGGGCGCGCCGUCGGGGGGAAUUCGCGCAGCAGAGGCGCACGAUGUAUGAUCGGGGGAGGGGAGUGGUGCGGGAAAAGUGGGGCGGGGCGAGGGGCAGUUAGCGCGGCGCCCACCUCGCCACGCUCCCCCACGCGGGCAGCUGUGUCUCCGCGUCACUCGACCCAAGCGCCCCUCUCCCCCCGCCCCACCUCCCCUCGCCAUUUUUCCUACAACCUGCGCCUCCCUUGCGCGACUUCCAUCGCCCACCCGCUCCUCACCAACCCGCGCGCCCUGCUGCUCGCGCUGCUCCUCGCUGGGGCCCUCGCUCUGCUCGCCCUCCUGCCGCCCUUUUCUGUCAGCAUUUCGCUCGCCAUGCCGCCUGUUUCUGCUUUCACCGUUGUGCUAUUCUACAUAGUGCUGCCGGAUCACACCAUGCUGCUUGCUCCACCGCACCAUUUCUUCUUUCCUCUCACUUCCUCCCAUCGUUCCAUACACCCUCCGUCGUCCCAUCACCCUCCCCUCAGGCCCAUCAUAGCACCUCCUCCGAAGCAACCCCCCUCUCUGCCGCUGCUGCAGGCACCACCCUCGGGUACUGCCCUCCCUCGCUCCCACCCCAUCGCUCAUAUUACAUCCCACCAUCCCCAUGCCACAUACCACAUUCUCUUUCCCCACCUCGUAAUCUUCCAUCCGUCCCACCAUCCUGCCAUCCCCGGUCCGUGCGUCCCCCUGCCACCCAUCUCUCACUUCUCUCCCUUUCCCCCUUCCCCUCCCCCCACGCGCCCUCUCCUGUGCUUCCCCACGCGCCCCUGCAACCCCCUGCAGCGCCUCGCCCCAGCACACGUACGUCUGGGAGGGGAGCGCCUACUCUUUGUCAACGCCUCUCUGCCUCCCUCCGCGCUGCCCCCCUCCGCGCUCCCCUCCCCCUCACUGCCACGCUCCCCCUCGCCGUGGCUCAACGCGGGGGGGAGGCUGGAGGAGUGGGGCGGGGGCGAUGGGCAGUGGCGGCGGGUGGCAUGGAGGGGCGUGAGGGGGAGGGCAGCAGCGUGUGUGGCACUGAGAGACACAUUUGAUACCGCCAGGGGGGAGUAUCAACGCGCACUGCAGCUUCACCUGCAGUCCCUGCUCCCCCCGCUCUCCCCCCCUUGCCCCUCUUCUCCUCCCCGCCCCCCUGACCCUCCUCCCUCUGCUCUGCGCUCCUCCCUCUCCGCCCUGCGCCAGCGCCUGCUUACAGAGUGUGCUUAUAACGGGGACGAGCUAGACCUGCCAGCAGAAGAGAGAGGGACGCUCAGACUGAGGGAGGAGGAGAGGAGGAAGGGCGGGGGAGGGACAGGCGAGGGAGGGGAGCGGGGCAGGCAGGAAAAGAGUUUGUUAGAGGCAGACGGGGGGUGGCGGUGCAAAGGGGACGAGCAGGGGAAGGAGGCGCGGGCGUGUGUGGGGGUGAGGGCGGACGUGCCGGUUUGGCAGCGGCGGCGCGAGCUGUUCCCACAGGUUGCAGUGGGCAUGUCGCUGCUGCUGCAGUACUUCCAGCAGCCCUCAAACGUGCAGCCCCUCGUCUCUCGCUUGCACGCCUGCGCUGCUCAGGGGGGAGGCGGUGGGGGUGUGGGUGCUGCAAGUGGCGGUGGUGGUGCUGCUGCUGCUGCCAAGACAGAGGGUGGUGGUACUGGGAACGUGGGUGGGGGCGCGGAUGCACAGCAAGGGCGUGGGCGUGGGAUUGGGGUUGGGGUUGGGGGUGGGGAUGGGGGGGCAGGAUGGGAGGUGUGGGAGGGGCUGGGGGGCGAGGUGAGUUGGGAUGAGCGAGCGGUGGGGAAGGGAGGAGGUGCAGCGGCGGGGAAGGGAGGAGGUGCAGGGGCGGGGGGGGCGGAGAAUGGCAGCAUAGCAGGGGAAAUGGGCGGGGGGGGGCAGGCAGGGUACAGGAUAGAGCUGACCGCCAAUGUGGAUGAACCCUCCUCCUGGCCGCUCUGGCUGCAGAUGUGGCAGGACACUGGGGGAGGGCAUGGGGAAGGGCAGGGAGGGCAGGGUGGGCAAGGGGGAGGGCAGGAGAGAGGGCAGGGGGGAGGGAAGGGGGAAGGGCAAGAGGGAAGGCCGGAGGGAGGGCAGGGGGUGAGCCAUUGGGCAGGGCUGUCACUGCCACCGCUACCGAGUCAACCACAACCAGGCCCCGAGCCUACCAACACCACACUCCUACCCCCCUCACAUCCCCCUUGGUGCGGGCAUCAUGGGUGCAGCCACCCCUCCUUCCUGCGCGUCAUCUUCCGCCACAACACCCACGAGGUCUUCGCCUUCAACCGCGCCGCCUCCGCCUCCCGCGCGCCCCUGCUCGCCCUGCUCCAAGACGACCUCCUCCCCCCCGCCUCCUGCCAUUGGCUGCACGCCAUCCUGCACGCCCACGCCGCCCAGCCGUCCCUCGCAGCACUGGGGUACCGCACAGGCAAGGUGGAUGUGGACAGCCGCGGGGGCGAGGGCGUGAGGGCGUACCAGCGGCAGAGCCGGGCGCUGUGGGCGCAGCCGGCGUGGGAGGCGCGGGCGGGCGUGCGGGGGUACAUGGCGGGGGUGGUGGACUCGGGGCCGCUCGUGGUGCGGCGUGCGGUGUGGGAGCGCAUGGGGGGGCUGGAUGAGGGCAUGUCGACGAGAGGGCAGAGCGCCAUGGUGACAGACUGGGUGCUGGCGUUCCAUGUGUGGAUGGCCGGCCACAAGGUGCGUGCAUGGCUUUUGAGGUGCCUCAAAAGGCUGGAUGAGGGCAUGUCCAUGAGAGGGCGGAGAGCCAUGGUCACUGACUGGGUCAUGGCGUUCCAUGCAUGCACGGGCCAUGUGUGCAUGCACGGGCCAUGUGUGCAUGCACGGGCCAUGUGUGCAUGCACGGGCCAUGUGUGCAUGCACGGGCCAUGUGUGCAUGCACGGGCCAUGUGUGCAUGCACGGGCCAUGUGUGCAUGCACGGGCCAUGUGUGCAUGCACGGGCCAUGUGUGCAUGCACGGGCCAUGUGUGCAUGCACGGGCCAUGUGUGCAUGCACGGGCCAUGUGUGCAUGCACGGUGCCCCGUGCCAACCUCGUGCUGCCGCUGCUGGAUGCGUGGCAGUGA